AGCACUGCUCUGUGUGGGUUGGGCUGGGUGGCUUGCAGUCUUUAUAAGUCCAGGUGGGGAUAAUUAGAGCCAGUUGACCUGAAUCCAAUAAGAGGAUGGCUGUUAGGUGUGUGGCAGUUUAGAUGUGGUGGAGCUGUUGGUGUGACCCCUGCUGUCUGCUUUGUGUUGAAAAGUUUCAGACUGAGGUGCCAGGCUGCUGUUUUACCUCCAGGAAAACAGUCCAUCCAUAUUGCUUGGCCUAUGUGGGGAGCCUGUGUCCUACCUGGGUGAUCAGCUGGAUUAUUUCACUUUUCCAUUGGACAGCCAAUGUACUGUCCCUCUGAGUGUUCAAACUAUAUGAACUGCAUCCAGGACUUUGUUUUAACCCACUGUUACACUGAACACUGUCUAACUUAACUGGACAAAAAUUGUUACUCGGACCAACUGACAUUGCAUUGUUUGUUUUAUCUUUUCCUAGGCAGGAGGACGAGCUGUAGGGAGUACGUGUGGGAUUUAUCUGCAUGUGGGAGGACGAGCAGCCGAAGCAACCGGAGGAUGUUGUCGUCGUCACCAACCACUGCCCUCCCCACCUCCUCAGCCCCUCCCCCAACCGGUCAGGCAGUAAACUCUGACCCGCGGCAGGUUACCAUGGAGACCUACUGGAGGGAAGUACAGAGUAUCGAAGAGGAGCGGGAUGGGGAGGAAGCGGAGGAUGAAGAGGAAGAAGAAGAGGAGAGGAAGAGUAUGGACGAGGUAGAGCUGGAGGAGGUGUGGCUGACGGAGGCGGGGCUUUCCUCCCUGGUGACGGGCUCAUCGUCACUGGAGCAGGAGGUUCUGCCAUCAGCCGAGGCGCUGCUGUCCACCCUGACACAGCAACAGGUCGCCACGGUGAAGAGGAGGCUGGACAACUACAAUGAGACGCUGAAGAAGACAAACAGGCAGCCAAUCAGAGACGUGCGGGACAUCUUCACUGAGACUGAUGACGAGUCAGCAGACAGAUGCCCCUCCCCCUCCUCUCAAAGUGCUGAGUCAUUACCAAGUCGAUACCACAUUACGACAAAGACCAUAAGAAGGAGUACACAAAAAGUGCGAGCAACUCUUCCCACUUUCAUCUUAGAGGAUCAGGUUCCUGAACACCAGUCUCCACCCACAGAUGCACACUGUCCAGUAGAAACACACUCUCCAUCUGUAAGUUGCUUCAGACGAGCUGAUUGGCUGCUGCGGGACUCUCCAUACUCAGAGGGAGUGGCUGAACACAAAAAGGGCGGGAGCUGUUGGGACUGCCAUCAUUUCCAUGGAGACGACAACAGUGACCUGCCAUUUGGACCUGUCUCCCAGUGUCUCACUUCAUUGGAUGACCUGUCGUCAGCUGACCUGACCCGGAUCGGCUUCAUCUCUCACAUCGAACUCUCCACCUUCCUGCUCACGCUGGGUUUUCAGACCAAACGCACCCGACCCCCGCGAUGCAGGACUCGAGACAGUGGUGUGUUUGGUGUUCCUCUGAAGACGCUGCUGGAGAAUGACAGGAAGAAGUUUCCAGGGGUCAAAGUUCCCAUCGUCUUCCAGAAGUUGUUGUGUGUUUUAGAGCAGACCGGUUUACAGACUGAAGGGAUUCUCAGAGUACCAGGAUCAGCUGCCAGACUAAAGCACCUGCGUAAAGAACUGGAUCGGUGUUCUGGCUCUGGGUUCGACUGGUCUGAGGUCAGACAGGUGGAUGCUGCAGGUCUGCUGAAACUCUUCAUCAGGGAACUGCCCACAGCUCUACUGACACACACACACCUGAACACCUACCGCACACUGCUGGGUCUCUCCUCGUUGGUCCAUCAGGUUCAGGCUCUGCAGUUGUUGACAUUGCUGCUUCCAGAAGAACACAGAGACACACUGAGAGCUCUGCUGGAUUUCCUCUGUAAAGUAGUUUCUCAUCAGGACCAGAACCGGAUGUCUCUGUGGAACGUCUCCAUGGUAAUGGCGCCAAACCUGUUCGCACAUCGUACCCACAGAAAUAAACGCUCCUGUGCUAAGCAGCAGGAGAUGGAAGAGGCGGUGGGCGGGGCUCACCUGGUCCAACUAAUGAUCGUACAUAAAGACCUGCUGUGGACGGUGCCCAGUUUCCUGUUGGCUCAGGUGAGACAGAUGAACCAGGUGUCCAAUCAAAGACAGGGAGGGCUAGCCAGGACGAAACGCCGACUACUGAGAAGGAAAAAUGAAAACCACGACAGAGACCAGAUCACCGAGUUGUGUGCAGGUGUCAUCAGAGUCCACGCCCCUCUACACUCCAAGGUUUCUAUGGCGAUACAACUUGACAGACAGACGAGAGCCAAGGACGUCACUGCCCGGUUCUGGUGUGAGGACAGUCCUGACCUCAGUCUGUUUGAAGUUGGAGGAAACAUCUGUGAGCGCCGCCUUCAUCCAGAUUGCUUCCUAUUGGAUGUUUACCGGGUCAAUCCUCACUGUGAUUGGCUGAUUAAACCCUAAUGCGGCUGCUGUUCAACUAAAAUCUGCCUCUUUUGUUUAAGUGUUAAUUUAUAUUGAUCUGUUUGAUUUAUUGAUGAUCACUGUAAAACCAUCCUCAGAGUAAAGACAUUUAGAGAUGGUGCUGAUGUUUUUGCUCCUCCUCCUUCGCUGCCCCCUGGUGAUUGUGAAGGUCCUUUUACAAUAAAUACUAGUAAAACAUCUCAUUUCUGUGCUGGUUGACUUUUCAAGGUAUACAUUAAGGUAUUUUACCAGCACAGACAAAGCUAUGUGUGAAUUCUGAAGAUUUUGGUGUGACAAUAAAAGAAAAAACAAACAAGCGAUUCAUGAAAACUUAAGAAAACACAUUUA